ACCCUAAUAGUCACUGCGAUGUAAUUCUACAGUAUAUGUGUGGUGGUAAUAUCAGAGAUGGCGUCACCACAGGCACAAUUCCAGAAAAUCCUGUGCUUUGUAAGAAGUUUGACUGCAACAAGGACUUAAGAUAUGGAAUGCAUGAGGAUUACGAUUACUACCAGAACUGCAAGCACAGAAACAGAAACUUAGGACUUUUUCUUGCUGAUCAGAGACUCAAAGGGAACUCAGCCAAAUACACCCGUCAAAAUAAUGGUGGGACAAGGCGUGGCUAUGAAUGUCCUGAGGAAAGGGACUAUUAUCCCUACUGGCACCCCACUCCUUGGAAGGAUAUAGCAGUAUUAACAAAUGAYGCAAGCCGUUGUAACAUGUACUUGGAAGAAAGUGAGAAUGUCAAAGGUCGUUAUGCUUGCGAGGUGCCAAAGAACUAUAAAGCRGCCAAAGGGUGGAGAAAUUAUUACAUCCCAAACAACAAAGAGGAAUGUGAGAAAUUUCGAUAUCCAGCCAAGGACCUCAAUGGRACCCGAGCCACGUGGAAGCUCUUUCCAUCUCAUGAACUUCCAAAGCCAGUUUGCCGCGAGACUGACUGGUCACGUGACAAUCACCUUGGUAACAGUGUAGGGGGUUAUCCWAUUGGCUUUAACUGGACGAUACCAGAUCUCAAUAGUGAGAACUGUGUACUGAGAAUUAGAUAUAACAUUUCCACUGGUGAGUUCAACGGAUGGGAUUCAUCUGUAAAUGCUUCUCUGAACAAACCUUUAAAGAAAGGCAAAGCUUCUUUGUUGGACGUUGGUAAACGCUUUGGCUUAAACUAUACCCAGGCCUCUGAACGUGGUUACUUGUUCAAACAAAACCCUGUCGUGUCCAUAUUUGGUGGUGAGAUUGGCAAGAAGUUUCAGCUGCAAUUGGCUAUUAAUACCAAUCAGAUUGGACGCGUUUUCCAGGACAGGUCUCAUACGUUUGGAGUUCGUCGUCGACCUAGCAACCUUGCAGGCAAAACCAUUCAUAACCUAAAUGUACGUGGGAAGAGGGGUAAUAUAGUCCAGGUAUACCCAGCCGUGGAGUACGACUUUGCACCGAACACGUUGAUCGCGAAGAAUGGAGAUUAUGUGCACUUCCAGUGGACAGGUUCUAAUACCAAUCCUAAUAAUAACGAUGGUCAAGGCAGGGCAAGAACUGACCGGUCAAAUGUACUGUUGUUAGAGAAACUACGUUAUCCCAAAGGAAAGCCCAAAAGCAAUGUAUAUGGACAGUUUGGUGGUAGCUACCCAGAACAUUUUGACCGCGUUUCAUUUCUAGGACUGAAGAGAAACGAUUUGAUUACGUUGGCAACACUGAACAAUGUCCAAUAYGGUGGCGAGAUGUCAGAACUUGACGAUGCUGGGACGUACUUUGACCUUGGACCGCGCUCUAUCACGGGGACUGGCACCUACCACUACAUGAGYUCAAGAAAYAAUAACUUUUCCAACAGGAGUCAGAAAGGACGCAUUGUUCUUAGYGAUACUGCAUUGUAUACCUCAAAGAUWGGAGUGAAUGGCGGCACCAUUAAAUUUAGAGAACCUGGCGAAGGAAUAACKUUCAAGCCAAAGACUCUGGCACAGAUGCAGAAUAUUCAAGUGGAAAGAAUGCCUUCAGAUAAGGGCGAUGAGAUGAUCAAGGGCAAGAAUGGCAAAAUGGGCGUCGGUAAUGACUAUGCCAGUGAUUUCCUGGUAAUAUCUCCACAUUCACUCAAAACAGACCAAAAGUUCGAGGUGAAGAUGGGGUACAAAAGYGGAGUUACAGAUGAUAUCGAAGUUUACCGAUCUGAUGACGAUGAAGGUUUGAGGACAUGGUAUCAGGUAGAAGCUAAAACGUCUUCUGAGGACAAUAUGGUAACAUUCCAAACAGACAAAGGUGGUGUCUACGUUGCACGUACAGUCACCAACAAAGGUCUCCUUGCAGGUAUUAUCAUUGCUGUAAUAUUCGUUCUUUUAAUUGUUGGUGGCUCCAUUAUCUACUUCCGCCGGAAACCAGAAAAGCUGGCUCGCGUCCGAUCGUGUUUCUCCAACUGUGGAAGAUCUUUCAGUAGGCAAGUUUAAAAACCGGUUUCAAGCCUGCUUCACCGGAUCCAUGAUCCAUGAUCCCUAAUUCCUAUAUUUUGACAUAACAUUUCACAAGUUUGAAAACCGUCUCAAAAUCUUUAAUUGAUUUUAUGGUUUUUAAUUGAAUUGUACACUUUAUUUCUAUAUAUAAAAACACAAGCAAAUUUUAUAAAUAAAUAUAUAAUAAUAUGCAGCUAAAUAUUGAUAUACAAAUCGCAAAUAAAAACCAUCAUCUUUUCA